GUAAACACAAAAAAACUGCGCAACCCAUUCGGACGAUUUUCAAGAACCAAAAACAGUAGAAAGAAUACAAUAAGUGUUUAAUUUAAAUUGCUCGAGCAAUUGUCUGCAGACAAGACAAUGCGAAAAGCGCGCGAAAUUCGGGUGUAGAGGCUAGGGAUGUUGGCGCAUGCGCACUAAUGUAGCACAUGAUGGCUGCUUCGAAGAAAGAGGAAGAUCAGUUUGGAGAUGUGGGCGCUGUGAAGACGGAUGAGAUAGCCACAGACCUCUUACAGACGGACAGCAUUGUCAAAGACAUCAAAACUGUCUACUCGGAAGGAAUGAUGAAGUCAGUGAAUGGGGACAAUGGUUUAGCAGACUUUGAUAGAAACCAACUUUCGUUUCCAACCAACUUGUGCUCGGUGGCGCCGCCAAACAAUGAUCCUAUCAACAGACUGCAGGUUGUCGACAAUAUGUAUUUCCCCAAUUAUCACAGAGACAACACUGGAAUGACCAAUUAUCAUCGAGACAAUAGCAACAUUAGAAUGGCAAAUUCUCAUUGGGAUAGCAGCAACAUUGGAAUGGCAAAUUAUAUGGAAAACAGCACCCUUGGUAUGGUUAAUUCUCAUAUGGAGAGCAGGAACUUUGGAAUGGUCAAUUCUCACAGGGAAAACAGUAAUUUUGGAUUGGCCAAUUCUCAUAGGGAGAACAGUAAUUUUGGAAUGGUUAGCUCACAUAUGGAGAACAACAAUUAUGGAAUGGUGAAUUCGCACAUGGAGAACAGGAACUUUGGAAUGGUUAGUUCUCAUAUGGAAAACAGUAAUUAUGGAAUGGUGAAUUCUCAUAUGGAGAAUAGUAAUUAUGGAAUGGUCAAUUCUCAUAGAGAGAACAACUUUGGAAUGGUUAAUUCUCAUAUGGAGAAUAGGAACUAUGGAAUGGUCAGUCCUCAUAUGGAGAACAGUGCAUACAGAAUGACCAAUCCUCAUAUGGAAAGCAGCAACUUUGGAAUGGUCAAUCCUCACAUGGAGAGAAGCAACAUUGGCAUGGCUAAUUCUCUCAUGGACAGCAGCAAUAUUGGAAUGGCUAAUACUCAUAUGGAGAGGAACGACAUUGGAAUGGGGAGUUCUCAUAUGGACAGUAGCAAUAUUGGAAUGGUCAAUUCUGAGACAGAGAGUAGUUCCAUUAUUGGCUUGGCUAAUUCUCAUCUGGAAAGCAAUAUUGGAAUGGUUAAUUCUAAUAUAGAGAGCAGCAGUCUAGGAAUGGCCAAUUGUGAUUCUGAGAGGAGCACAGUUGAAGAGGCCAGUUCUGAUAUGGAGAGGAACGAUAUUGGAUUGGCCAGUUCUCAUAUAGAGAGGAGCGAUAUUGGAAUGGGUAAUGCUGAUGUAGAGGACAGCACAGUUGGACUGACCAGUUCUCCUGUGGAGAGUAGUGAUAGUGAAAUGACCAGUUCUGAGAAACAAAGCAACAGUGAAAUUGGAAUGGUUGUCGCAGAAUCUUUCUCUCCUCUCAGUGCCGUGGCCCUUACUACUACUACUACUACUACCACCACUGCCACAACCACCAUUACCACCACUGCCACCACCACUCCCAUCAUCACUUCCACCACCACCAUCGCCACCACCCCCACCAUCACCUCUACCCCCAUUACUACUAUGACAGCUGUCACUUUCUCCAGUGCUCUUUCUACUGAACCAGUCUUUAAAAGCAGCAGCAGCAGCAGCAGCAACAGCCCAAGCUACAUCAACCUCAGCUUCAACUGCACCAAUACCACCGCCAUCAACACAGGUAGUAGCUGCCCCAUCACCACCACCACCACCACCACUGCUAGCUGCCCCAUCACCACCACCACCACCACCAUCGACAAAGAUAGCAGUAACCUCAUCAGCAUUGAUAGCAACACCUGCAACAACGAUGACGAUAACAACAACAACAACACUGACAGCGACUGCAACAACCAAGUCAUAGACCCUCCAAUCGCGACCAUUGCUGCAGUUUACUCAGGGGAUGUCGUUACAGAGGUUGUUAGAGAUGCUAUGUUCUCUCCAAUAACUUUCACUGGAGAUACAUGCGACAACAGUGAUGAUGUGACCAGCUGCAGCAAUAAUGCAGGUAACAACAGCAACAGCAGCAGCAGCAGCAGUAGUAGUAGUAGUAGUAGUAGCAGUAGUAGUAGUAGUAGUGAUACUGGUGGCAACAGUUGUCCCCAAAUCAGUGAUAUAGGCCUUUAUGAUAACAAUGCUGACAAGAAGGCGGUGGAAGGUGUUGGCGAGGGCAGUGACCAGCCCCCCUUGCUGUCGUGUACGCCGCCCCCUAUUUUGACAUCUGUCGAGAAUAUGAAAAUGCCUGCUGCGACAGCAAGUCCUCCGCCGUCUUCUCCUCCAGAGCCUUUGUUUACCGUUCUUAAGAGCAGCCAAGAGAACAUGAAACCCUCUUCCCCAAAACCCGCUUCCCCGAGCCCUGCACCUGUGGUGCUACCCUCACAGACAUUCAUCACGAGUUUCCUUACUAAAGUAACUGACACAAAGACCCAAGUCCCAGCAGCAGCAGCAGCAGUAGUGGUGGUGGUGGUGAUGAUAAAAACGAUGGUGAUGGUGGUGGUGGUGGUGAUGAUGAUGAUGAUGAUAGCUCACCAGUAGGAGACCCUGAAUGUCCGGCUGCUCUUUCCAAUGCCUU